AUGUCGACAGCUCGUGUGGUCCCAAAUGUUGGUCCAUCAACUACUAACGAGACUGUCAGGGUCUAUGCGUACGAGACGGACUUCGCUGGAAAGGUUGUGAAAGCUUCCUACUACACAAUUCACUCUCAUGCUCCAUUGAGCAAGCUUCGUGACAUGUAUGCCGAGCAGUACAACAUCUUUCCGCAUGAAAUUGACAUGUUCUUCGACGACAAAGAAGUCUUCGACGACGACACUUGCUGUAAAAUUGGUCUACGUCACAGACAAAUCAUUCGGAUGCAAGUCACAUUCGACACAAUCUGGACCAAAAUUCGCGAUGAGUUGGAGGAAGAGGACUUGGAGCGUGAGGAGGACUAUGUCUACAUCAAUGUCGACGACUUCUGA